AUGGGGCUCACACCUCUGCAAUCGCGACUCGUAGGGUCUCUCGCUGCUACCAUCCUGCUGAUACUCCUUUACCUAUUUUUGUUUCCUCCCAACUUUGCCGAUGCCGCCGAGAUCGAAGCCGACCCGUCGUUAUCAAUACUUGGGAGAACCCUCGAUGAGCCGCUGGAUUACUCCCCAAACGAUGUGGCGCUUGCUGCCCGCAGCCUGCUUGACCCAACGUAUGAGCCCGAAUUUAUGCCGUUCGGGAGGACCAUUAUCGGGCGCGCGCCGGCUGAAGUGACGCCGUUGACGAAUAAUGAGGCUGUGCCUAUGAAUGUUGAGGCGGGGUCGACACAGCGGUUUGUGUUCAUCCUGUCCGACGACUCGGAAUCUGUGGGUGAGGAGAAGCGCUUGGAAUUGAGGAGCGAACAGAAUGGGAACAGUUCGGAGAUACUAAGCCCCGGCACUGGCGCUGCGGUUCGUGAGAUGGCUCCGGACAAAGAGGGGGUUCAGCUGACGCGCAAGCUGGCGCGCAGGCAGUCUUCCCGGACCGUGUACAUCUCUGCAAACACCUGCCAGCAGCCACAACCGAUUGAUCCGGUCAAGACGACAGUAGACCCUCCUCAGUUAACACUCUACGUUUCUAUUUCACCGGAUAAUGACGAUCCCAACUCUCUCGCCAAUCCGGAUAUGCAAGCCGAGAUUCCAUUUAAGGAGGGGGCUGUCAUGUACAACAUCACCACUGAUCGAGAUGUAUACAUUGGCAUCCAUGCCCCCAACGUGUCAAGUGUGUUCAAGGGUAUCUACAACUUCGAGGUGGCGGCGUCGAUCGACACAUACUACUUCAGGUACGAAGAUGACGCACAGCAGCUAAUUUGGGUAGACAGCGACUCCCAGGGUGCUCUCCUGAUCACUCACAACUUAACCAUACCCCCUGGUGUAACGGAGGAGGCAAUCAUGAACAACCCUCCUUAUGUACUCUUUGCGCACAAUAAAAAGGAUGCGGCCAUCAAUGGCUUGAAGCAUUCAUACUGCGGACUCAUGAAGUACGCUCAGAUGGCAGCUACCAACAAUGGUAGGCACGAUACCAUGGUUCGGACAAGCAUGACAAAGAGGGGACAAGGGAGCCAUCCGAAGCAGCAAUUCUUUUUCAGUGGGCUCAACUCUAGCUCCGAGUAUAUCGGCAUCUUGGCGAAAGACGGACCGUCACUGUUGAAGAGACAGACGACAGGGCAAAGCAGCGGCGGAAUCACGGUGUUUGGAGCUACCGCCUUCAGCACCAAGUCUGACCAUGGCAACUGUGCCCUGAUCGUCGACCUCGAGUUCUGUGACCAAGUUGCCUAUUCGGUUCCCUUCAACCCCAGCUUUGGCAACACCACUCAGCUCGCCAAGUUCUACGACUCCUAUGCGGCCGCUAUCUAUGCGAACUUCAACAAAUCUCUGGCCCAAAUUGCCUGCGAGGCCCCACCCACUCAGCGCUAUUCUCUUGCUCGCAAUUGUAAUGACUGCGCCGAGGCCUACAAAGACUGGCUCUGCACCGUCACGAUCCCACGCUGUGAAGACUUCAGCAACAACGCUUCUUACCUACAGCCCCGCGCCGUGAUACAUCCUUUCCCCAACGGCGAGACCCUAGACCAGAUCACGCUCCAGAAAUUAAGGCCGCUCACAAAGGCCCUCAACAACAGCCGGAGCACGCACAUUGAUGAGUUUAUUCGCCCGGGUCCCCACAAAGAACUCUUGCCCUCCCUUACUCCUUGCAUCGGCCACAUCACCACUGCUCGCCAUGGUAGCGGCUUGUUUCUUAGCAGCGAGAGCCGCGGCAUGUAG